AUGCAACAACACCAUUCAUAUUCAUCAACAAGUUUCCUUAGCGAAAACAACGAUAAAGCCAGUAAUGAUUUCAAACUUGAGAGGAGAGAAACGGCAUUCACAUCAUUAUGGAAAACACAAAACUCACUGUACCUAGUAUUACUCACCAUCAUUGAAGCGGUGGUGGUUAUCAUACUGGAAGCUGUACUAUUCGCAAAAUUCAAACAAAGCAUCACUGUCAAUAUAGAGGAAGGGCUGACAAAAGGAAUACCUGUGUAUCUCAUUAUAUUCAUUUUCUCAUUAAUAUUUCAGGUGGCACUUGCUUGGGAUGCGGUCCAUAAUAAGAACACCAUUCAAGUAAUCGCCUUUAUUCUAUUCAAUUUAUGUUGUUUCAGUUAUGCCGUAUUUCAAUUCAAGCAAAUAGCAGAAGCACUCAUUAGCAACAAAAGCAUCGAUCGUGCCUUUGUCUGGGAGCUACAGAAGAUCAUGAUUGCAAAUCCUGUAAUUAUCGGUAUCUGUCAAUUAGUAUAUUUUUACUUGGGAGCCAGAUUGUAUCUUGAAUUUGGCUGGAGAAUUUACAAGAAAAUUGGUGCUGAUCCAGAUGUCAGAAAUAUGUACCGAUGGUAUCAAAUCUUUUUGACGAUUCUCAAAUUAGAUAUUUUCUUCUUUUUGGGCUUCUCGAUUCAGUACCUGGUUCUUGUGCUUCAAAGAGGAGAUGUUGAAUAUCCAUUAACCAUCGUUGCCUUGCCAUUGACUUGUCUCGUGCUAGUAUUGGCUGUGUACGCUGUUAAACAUGAGUCAAAACCUUUAAUUACUCUUUUUUUUGUUGGUUUAGCGGCAGGAGUAGCUUAUUUCAUAUUCAAGUUAUAUCGAAUGUACGAUGAAUCACAGCAACAAAAGUAUCUUUUUGUGAAAGAAUUUCUCACUUUUUUUGCGUGUGUAACUUUGAUUCUACUGCUAUUGACGACAGUAAAUGCUGCUAUUUGCUGGUACAAUUUCGAUAAAGGCCUAAAACCUCAUUUGUUGAAGAGAGCAGAUGAACCAUCGCAAAACACUGAGGAAAAUGCUGGUGGCAGAACCUUAUCCUUAGAUUAA